AUGCAAGCAGCUGGUCAAAUCGUUGACCCAAAUCAGUACUACUAUGCUGCUGCUGUACCACCACAUACUGCCGCUCACCAACAGAAUGUGCCGUAUCAGUACGCUGGAGGAUUUCUUGCGGAUCCGUAUGUGGUGACACCACCUCCUUCACAGAGUGCACAACCAGUAAUCAUGCCAGUAGGUCAUCCAGGAUUCAUAUACAUGCCACCACCUAGCACUCCAGUAUUCUACUCCGUACCAACAGCUACUCCUGCGGCAGCAACCCCAUAUUACUAUACUCCAGAUGUAUACGUUCAGCAAACAGUGCCAUUACCUCAGCAAGUAAUUCAUACGCACGCUAUUUUGCCCGGUGAAGUAGCGGCCGGUAAGAAAAAGUCGUCUGUCAGGCCGUUGAGCACUUCGACUCCGCUACCCACGGAAUUCUCAUCUAUCCCUGCGCCAAUGACUAGUCAUAUACCGUAUGCUGGAAAUGUGAAUGUCGCUCAUUUGAAAUAUCAUCGGAAUAUGGAACAGGAUGAUGUGCUUGCUAAUCUUUCCAAGAUAUCUGUAGUGUCGGAGGAAACAAUAGAGGCAGAAAAUGAGAAAGAAUAUGAGCAUCGACCUGCCAGACAACGACGUCCACCUCCAGUACCUUUCAAUUAUAAGACCAGAAUGUGUAUGACUUAUGCAUCAGGGAAACAUUGCGAAAUGGGGAAUCGCUGCAAGUUUGCCCAUGGUCCCGAGGAACUCCGCGUCGCUGACGCCACACAACGGAUCCCUAACGCAAGAUAUAAGACAAAGCUUUGCAAGAACUUCGGUCCUUACGCUUCCAACUAUUGUCCGUACGGUCUUCGUUGCGAGUUCAUUCAUCCGAAUGACAAGGAGUAUGCUUUAGUGGUCAGUCAUCAGUUUUUCAAAGCUUUCUUUCUAAUGAUCAUUCAAAUAUACCUGAGUUUAGUGUUUUCAAAAUCUCCACCGAUUGCGGUAACUCGAAGUGCAGUAAAACCCGCUCCUGAAAAGAUAUUGCUCAAGAACAGGAAUAUUGCUGGGUCGAUGAUGUGUCUAGCAACGACAGGUCGUCGUGAACAAACUUCUGAUGACAGUGCUAUAGGAUCUGGGUCCUCUGAGAGUGGAGGUUCUUAUGCACAUGUGAAAGCGUUAACAAGAGCCCGUGGUGUUCCAGCUGCAGUUGUUCCGAUCAAAUUCUUACGGAGACGUUCCAUGUCGCAGUUAACACUCAAGCGGUUUAAUUCAAUUGAAAAUUUAGACAUUGCUGCCUCCUGUUCUCAGUUAGCUAAUCUGGAACAGAAUCGAAAACCGAUAGGUAUUCUUUCUCCACUUAAGUAG